AUGGCGCCCUCCGCGGAGUCCUCCAUCCCGGCUAUCAUUCGCCAUCCAUUCGUAGAGACCUUUACUUGGCUCUACCUGGUCCUUCAAACGGUCCUAAGAUAUAUCUUUGCGCCUGUGCCCCCUCCUCCCGCGGCCAACAAUUCCGAUGCUCCGCGAAAAAGAGUUGCCGUGAUUGGCGCCGGGCUGACUGGGGUUUCCUCAGCUGCCCAUUGCGUUGGUCAUGGUUUCGAUGUACAAAUAUUUGAGGGUCGGUCCCAGGAGAAAGGUCUUGGUGGGAUUUGGAGUAGAGUCAAUUCCACGUCUGCGCUUCAAAUUAACAGCCUCAUGUAUCGAUUCCACCCAUCCGUCCAAUACACCAGUGCCUAUCCAACCCAGGCCCAAAUCAAAGAGCAAAUUGUCGGUCUAUGGAAGCGUUAUGAUCUGGAGCGACGAACCGUCUUUGACACUCCUGUCACAUCCGUCCAAAAGAACAAAAGCGGCCAGUGGAUCAUCAACGAUGACGAAGAGAAGUACGGCGUAUUUGACGGCAUUGUCACGGCCGUAGGUGUCUGUGGAGAUCCGCUGAUGCCUACUUUACCUGAUCAACAAAACUUCAAAGGCCAUAUUUAUCAUUCAUCCAAUCUCGACGGCAAGAAUGUCAAGGGCAAGAAGGUUCUCAUCGUUGGUGGUGGAGCUAGUGCUAUCGAGGCACUAGAAUUUGCCGUCAAGUCGGGUGCUGCGGAGAUUGAUGUUCUUUCGAGAUCUGACAAGUGGAUCAUUCCUCGGAAUAUCUUAGUCCAGUCCUUGCUCGCAUGCAAUAUUUUUGGCCAAGAGACCUCUCUGUCCUGGAUUCCUGAAUGGCUUCUGCGAAAAUUCUUCUAUCGAGACCUCCAAGAUAUUGCCCCGGUCAAUGAUGGAAUAUUCACCCAGACCCCUAUGGCCAACUCGGAGCUCUUUGAGCAGAUCCGGGAGGGCAAGGCCCAAUGGCUACGGGGUGAUAUUGUCUCCCUCAAGGAGACUGGCGUCCUAUUCAACCACCGAGCUCAAGGUGUGCCCAAGGGGGGCCCCGGCAAAGAGCGGUUAGUGGAGGGUGAUGUGAUUGUGAUGGCAACUGGAUUUAAACGCCCGUCUCUCAAUAUGCUUCCAGACCAGAUCCUUGACGACGAAGACUUCGGCCCACCAAACUGGUAUCUGCAAGUAUUUCCUCCCUACCCUGAAUACCUAUCUAUCGUCGGCACGAAUAGCACCUAUGUUGAUGCAAUUGGGACGGUUGGGAACAUGCAUAUCGGUGUCUACACACGAUUCUUCCUCAUGUUCUUGCUGGAUCCACUUGCUCGCCCUACUGAGCAACAAAUGAAGACUUGGAUAGACUUUACGCGCUUCAUGAAACGAUUUGCGCCCACAAGUGCUUUUGAAUUUUUCACUUACGCCGAGCUCAUCUAUUGGUACAUCUUUGUGCUGGCUGUCAAUCCUUUCCGGUGGAAGUGGGCCCUUUUUGUUCUCUUCGGUAUUGGACGUGGUUUACCAAUGAUGGUUGUUGAGAAAGAGCGCGAGUUCCGCAACGCGUUGCAGAGGCAGCACAAAAAAGAGUAA